AUGGCGACCGGUGAGAGGCGAUCAAAUCUCAGGUUGCUCAGGACGUCAUUGAUUCUGGACCAAGGCGACACACGCGCGACUCGCCAUGGAGACUGUCUCAGACUGUGUACUUACAACGCGAGAACAGUUUCCACAGACGCCGACCUGCAUGCCCUUCUCGGAGCUGCAGAGCGUAUCAAAUUUCACGUGAUUGCUCUGCAGGAGACCAAGUGCAGAAGGAGCGACGUACGACAGAUGAAUGACGGUACACUCGUCAUUCGUGGAGAGAAGGUUCCGUCGCGAAAUGUAGGCGGUGUUGGUUUUGUUGUGCACCCAUCUGUCGUCCAUCUCGUCGAUUCUCACGAGAUCCUGUCACCUCGUCUGGCCAUUCUUCGCCUCCGCCCUCUGCGCCAAAAAUCCAUCAGUAUCAUCAACUGCUAUUCACCAACAUCAGCAGCUGAUGAUUCCGAAUUGGUUUACGAGGCGUUUUACGAGGAGCUGGAGGAAGUAGUCCGCAACGAGAAAUCCUUUUACAAAUUCGUUGUCGGAGACUUCAACGCAAAACUAGGAAAAGCCACAGAAGAGGAAUACAGGAUUGGAAGAUUUGGACUAGGGGACCGGAAUGAAAAUGGCAAUCGUCUCGCCGGGCUGUUGUCCGCCGCUCGCCUCUUUCAUGGGAACUCUCUUUUCAUGAAAAAAGAUCAUCGUCGGUGGACAUGGGAAUCGCCCAAUGGCGCGACUCGUGCGGAGAUCGACCACAUACUCACCAACCGGAGGUGGUGUCUACUUGACGUCUCAGUAGUACCAUCCUUUUGUAGUGGUUCUGAUCACCGUCUCCUUCGUGCGAAAAUACGACUCAGCCACACGAUGGAAAAGAACAUCUGCUAUCGGCAACGAAGGAGAAAAGAAGUCGUCUACGACGAUUGCGUACUCGAGGACUCCUUGUCCCAAGGUGACUGGCACAUCGAGGAGGACCCAAACGUGGACUACGAGAUGCUGCUCAGAGGAUUACGAGCCUGUGCUGAACGUGCCUCGAAGUCGCGCACGACAAACUUGGAUCGAAUUUCGAAGACCACCAAGGAAUUGUUAGGAAGAAGAGGGGUUUUGAGGCUUGAUCCGAAUGCAUCGCACAUUGAGCGGUUAGUAGCAAACACUAGCUGCAGAAAAGCGUUGCAGGAGGAUCUUUUGAAGUACAGGCAGAAGAAGAUUCUAGAAGCAGCACAAAGAAGAACGAGUCUAAAGAAGUGCCGCAGGGAUCUCCUCGAAUAUAAUAUUCCGCUAGCAACCUUGCUGAGCGAAGACGGGACUCGCACGUAUUCUCGUCGUGAGAUAGAAAUCAUUACGGAGAGGUUUUACUCGAACCUUUUCCGUUCAUCAACUCCUGUGUCAAGCCCAAUCAUCCCCACUGGCGAAGCUCCACCACGGAUUCUCCCUUCGGAAGUACGAGUCGCUAUCAAGAGCAUGAAACCUGGCACAGCCCCCGGACCUGAUUUUAUAUCAGCAGACUUUCUUCGGGUUGGUGGCCAUCCGCUUCAUGUAAUCUUAGCAGCGCAUAUGACAUCCUACCUUCAGAAAGAAAGGAUCCCAGACCAGUGGAAGACCUCGCGAACCGUUCUUAUCCAUAAGAAAGGUGACCGAGAGGACCUUCGGAACUACCGUCCGAUAUGCUUGCUGAGCGUGUUAUACAAAGUAUUCACCAAGAUCAUCCUCACCCGCAUAUCUAGGACGCUGGAUGAAGCCCAGCCUCAAGAACAAGCUGCAUUCCGCCAGGGGUUCAGCUGCUUGGACCACAUCCAGACCGUGUCGAGGGUCAUAGAGGUUUGCCGGGAAUACCGCCUGCCCCUUGUUCUAACCUUCGUCGACUAUGAGAAAACCUUUGACAGCGUAGAAACGAAUGCAAUACUGUCAGCGCUGGUCGAUCAAGGUGUGGACGCGUCGUAUGUGAGGACAUUAGCCAAUUGCUACGAACGAUGCACGACUAGGAUACAGCUUUUCCACCGCCCUCUCACCAUACCCAUUGGAAAGGGGGUACGACAAGGCGAUACUAUAUCGCCGAAGCUGUUCACGGCUGCAUUGCAAUGGAUAAUGAAAUCACUAUCCUGGGAAGAAAGGGGCAUACGUGUUGAUGGAAGAUUUCUUUCGAACCUUCGUUUCGCGGACGACAUCGUUCUCUUUUCGAGCAGUACCAAUGAAGCAGAAACGAUGCUCAACGAAUUGAACGAAGCAGGGAAGAGAAUAGGACUACGAAUAAACAGAAAGAAGACACAGUUCAUGAAGAACGCCCACUGCGAGGACGGAGGAGUACAACUUGAAGGCUCCCAAAUCGUGGAAACUCCGUCAUACGUAUACCUCGGACGUUCUAUGAACAUGGAAAACUACUUGAAGGAAGAACUGAAUAGAAGAUUGAGAGCAGCAUGGGGAGCAUUCGCAGCCGUCAGGGAAGCUACGGACCAACUGACGGACCAAGAUCUUCGUGCCCAUCUGUUCGACUCGACAGUGCUUCCAUCGCACUGUUACGCAGCGGAGACGUGGGCAGACACUGCUCCCACGUCUAGGAAGGACGGAGGAGCAGUGUCUGUCCCCUACUUACUACCCACAGAGCCCUUGAGAGAUGUCUCCUGA